UGGGACUGUCGGUCCCUCCUCAAAUGAGUGGCCGUGCCCUGAGCCGCCGCGGCCGGCGCCGGCAUGGUCUGGCAGCUGCUCUUGGCGCCCAGCAAGAGCCCCGGCGUGCUCUCCUUCUUCUCCCAAAGAGUGGCGGUGAGGAACCCUGGCGCAAGGCAGUUCGAGGAGAUCACGCUGUUGCGGACCGGCGGCUGCAGCGGGUCCGUGUUGUGCGAGUACCGCACGGAGCGCAUGACGGCGGUGCCGGGCUAUCACUACACCGGAACCGAGGGCGUGAUAGAGUUCGAGGACGGCGUCACCGAGCAGACUCUAGAGGUGGAGAUCCUCCCAAAGAGCGAGCACAGGGCUUCGUCCGAGUUCCUCGUGCUCCUGGAGGAGGCGCAGGGGGCCUCCCUGGCGCAAGACGCGAACGGGGCGCCGGAGUGUAACAUACUGCUGGUGGAGAUCCCGCCGGUGGGCGCCAGGCGUUCGUGCCUGCGCCUCCUGGAGCGGGUGAACAUGCGGCAGCCGCUGCAGUAG